CAAUGUUCUACGACGCAGGUUGAUCAUCAUGUCGGUCGCGUCGCAGCGAGCCCUCGACUACCUCGAGGGGCAGCCGGGUAUCAUCUUCAACAGGUUAUACCAGCAACCCUCGACCGCCUUGGCCAUCUUCCGGCGCAUGUUGCCGCACUUGGCCAAGAAUCUGGUCAUGGCUAUGUUGUUCAUGCCCAUUCCAUUAGCCGCAACAGACCUCGAGACAUGGGUCAAACCAGACAACGACAGCGUACGAGCACGCGAUCAGUCACUCAACAUCCUACUACGACUCAAGGUCCUCGAAGAAAUCCGCAAUGAUCAGCACAAAACCGCCUAUCAACUCAACAAGGCUUUCCGAAAGUCUUUGCGUCUGGCCUUGACCGGUGGAGGCGACCAUCGUUCCUUUGGUGUACCGUCUAGCACUGCGGAUAAAAACGAAGUGACCAUCGACUUUCUCGACACCUUCGCACGCCAGCAAUGGGAGAGCAUUCUAUACUACGUUGUUGGUAGUGCAGGUCAGGGACUUGGAGGCGCAGUCAACAUCACUGCUGGUACAAAAGAGCUGUUGACAGGAGGAGGCUUCGUUGUCUUGAGAGGAAGAAAUGCACACAUCACUCGCGACGGCUUCUCCUUCUUGCUACAGGAGACCAACGCUCAAAUCUGGACUCUGCUCAUUGAGUAUCUCAAGUUGUCCGAAAGGCUUCAGAUGGAUGCUGUCGACGUUUUGAGUUUCCUCUUCACUCUUGGUUCGCUCGAGCUUGGUGUAUCAUACACGACCGAGAACCUCACUCCAACACAACUCCAAAUGCUGGAUGAUCUGUCCGACUUCGGUGUUGUCUACCGUCGCUCUCCAGACAGCCCAAGAUACUAUCCCACACGACUUGCCACAACUCUCACAUCUGAUCUACCAGCUCUGCUAAACACAUCCCUCUCGACAAGCUCAAUCGGUGUAACACCCACAGCUGGCAACAUGGCCGCUCCUCAGGAGACAGAAAAGGGCUAUAUUAUUGUCGAGACGAAUUACCGCCUUUACGCUUACACCUCGUCACCUCUCAACAUCUCCAUCCUCUCCCUCUUCGCCAAUCUCAAAACUCGCUUCCCGAACAUGUUGACGGCGACUCUCACAAAAUCCUCGAUUCAGACUGCCAUCGCGGCUGGUAUCACAGCCGAUCAGAUCAUCACAUACUUGACGACACACGCACAUCCCAUCCUUCGAAAAUCAACGCCAAUCCUCCCUCCCACCGUGGUCGAUCAAGUACGUUUAUGGCAGUUGGAAAACGAGCGAAUGAAGGCGACACCAGGAUAUCUAAUCAGGGACGUCGGCACACAAGAGGAAUACCUCAAAGCCGUAAGCCACGCCGACACAAUCGGUGUCUUGACAUGGCAGAACGACGCGAAGGGAAUCUUCUUCGUCACGAAAUUCGAUCAGAUGCAGCAAUACUUCAAGGCCGUAGCUAGAAGAAGGAGAGAUGACGAUCCACCACAGGGAUGAGGUAUCUCGCGACAACUGGAGAAGAUGUGGUUUCAAAGAUCUGAUAUGCGUUUUCCUAUCUGGUCAAUGGCGUUCUGGGUAGACAUGGGAUGGGCAUAACGGUGACCCUCCGUAUAGGCUUUUUGAGCCAUAACUAUCAUAUCAAUCACACUACUUGUGAAAAGCAAUAUGUCUCGUACAAUCUACUGACCUGCUCUCGUGUGCUUUGACACGUAAUUUGCUUCGUAUUCUGCAUUUUGACAGCUGCCCG